UUUAAUUUUAUUUUUGCUGCCUAUUUUUCGAUCGUCUUCCUUCCUUCCACAUCUGUUGAGCUGAAUCUGGAUUCGGUACUUUUGAUCUCGAUUCUCGAACCUGUGGAUUGAAUCUCUGAGAAAACAUCGGUGAAGCUUUCCCGCGUGGGAGGACCUUGAUGUCUAAAUUGGUUACUGAGCUUCUGGAGUCUAUCUUGCUUUGAAUUAAAAAAAAAAAAGAGAAAGAGAUGAGUUACACGGGUGAGAGUGAUGAUCGUAUGCACCACCCCAGCAUCUAUGACGAAUCGUUAUCAUCACCAGCUGGUGAUAAUAAUAUCUGCAGAAGCAUAGGGAAAGCAAGUGUUCUGAAGAAAGGACCAUGGACCUCAACUGAAGACGGGAUUUUGAUUAAUUAUGUCAGGAAGCAUGGAGAGGGUAACUGGAGUGCUGUGCAUAAACUCACUGGCCUGGCCCGUUGUGGCAAAAGCUGUCGUCUCAGGUGGGCUAAUCAUCUCAGGCCUAACUUGAAGAAAGGAGCAUUUAGCCAAGAUGAGGAACGGCUCAUUGUUCAAAUGCACGCCAAGAUGGGUAAUAAGUGGGCACGUAUGGCUGAGCGUUUGCCUGGCCGAACAGAUAAUGAGAUAAAGAAUUAUUGGAACACUCGUAUCAAGAGGCGACGCAGAGCAGGCUUACCACUUUACUCUCCUGACAUCCACGUUGAAGACCUGGAGUCGAGUGAGGAGUAUAUCACGACCAAUAUCACCAGGGUAGAUAGGAGAAGACGUCAAGAUUGCUUGCUGUUGGGGAAUCCCAAAGCUAAUGAUGAUGUCCUGUUUGACGAUCUAAAUUUUGCUACCAGCUUGUUACCUGGAGCUUCUGACGUAUCAGAUAUGUUCGAGUGCAACAUGCUAGUGACUGUUGCAAGUAGUUCCCCGUACGAAAGCUACAUGCCACCGAUCUUGCCUUCACCAAAGCAACUCCAGGAAUCUGGAUCUCUGUUUCCCAUGUGCAGCAGUAACAUAAAGCAAGAACUCCACUCUCCUGAACGUUUUCAGAACGCUGCUCCACAAAAGAGUCCCAGAUCUUGCAGUAUCUCGCCUUGUGAUCCUCCUCCUUACGGAAACCAACAUCCAUCUGACGUGUUGAUUCCAGAUAAUAGCCAUACCUUUACGGAUGGCAUGCUUCUUACUUCGAAGCCCUUGUUUGGGGCGGUGAAGCUGGAGCUCCCUUCAUUCCAAUAUUCAGAAACUAGUGAAUUUGAUCAGUGGAAGACGACUACACCGUCACCUCCACACUCAGAAGAUCCCCUUGACUCUGUUGAUGCCUAUAUUCAAUCUCCGCCACCGUUGGAGAUAGAGGAGUCAAGCGACACUGGCCUACUAGAUAUGUUACUUCACGAGGCCAAGAUCAAAACUAGUGCGAAGCGUAGUAUGGUGGCUCUCCCCGAGAUUCCAAUUCCUACGCAACUUAGUGCAGGUGAUAAUUCACCAGAUUCUGCAGGAAACGUUGUUGUAAAGACAGAAGAGUUGGAUCAGGUCUGGGAACCAAAGAGAGUCCUCGAUGUAACACGCCCUGAUGUUUUACUUGCAUCGAGCUGGCUAGACCAACAAAGCUGUUUCGGGAUUGUUAGCGACUCAAGCAGCAUGAGUGAUGCACUUGCGCUUCUUCUCGGUGGUGGUGAACACAUUGAAAACAGUUACGUGACUGUUGAGUCAUCAUCAUCAGGUCAAGCACAACAAGGAGUUGGGUCUUGCACAUGGACUAAUAUGCCUCCUGUUUGGUCCUUGUAACUACGUCACAGUAUGAUCUUUCUGUAUUCUCAUGCUACACUUCACUUCCUUUAGACAACUUUACGGUUUGUUAUAGUUGAGACUUGAGACAAGAUUUUAUAUGUUAUAGUUGAGACUUGAGACAAGAUUUUAUAAACUUACGGUUUGUUACA